AUGCAUCGAUCCAGCAGUGCAGAAAUCUACGAAAUAGCGCCAAUACACCAUGACCAACCCACCAAUCCAUUGGCAGAGCCAGACGGAGAUAUGCAAACGGAGGGCAGAGUCAGCUGGGCCUAUCCAGAAGGAGGCUGGGAGGCCUGGACUUGUCUCCUGGGCUCAUCUUUGAUAAUGUUCCCGUCGUUUGGUUUUCAGACUGCAGUCGGAUCGGUACAAGACUACAUCAGCACCAACCAGCUGGCAGAGUACACCGUCCGUGAUGUGGGCUGGAUUACUGCUAUUCUUGCCUUCCUGACUCUAUUCCUUGGAGUCCAGGUCGGGCCUCUGUUUGAUCGAUACGGGCCGCGGGUUCUGUUGGUCGGUGGAUCCCUCGCGAACAUUGCCUCCUAUCUUCUUCUGGCGCAAUGCAGAGCAUACUGGCACUUUGUUCUCUGUCUCAGCGUACUAGGAGGCAUCUCAUCUGCGGUCAUUACAACCGUCUCCAUCGCCGUGCUGAGCCACUGGUUUAACCGUCGCCGGGCGCUCGCCUCGGGAAUCUGCAUGGGCGGUUCCUCCGCCGGAGGGGCCAUCAUCCCUCUCCUGCUGCGCAAACUCUUCCCCAACUGGGAUGGACAUGGGCUAUCCGGACGAUCGCAUUCAUGGCGCCGCGCAACCGCUGAUUUUGGGGCUUUCAGGUCUCCCCGACUCUGCUUCCUCGCUGUGGCGGUCUUUUCGUUUGAGUUCGUCAUCUUUGGCUGCGCAGCGCUGCUACCCACUUACGUCCGUUAUGCUGGUUUCCCGCUCGACGUGCAAUUCUACUCCCUCACUCUACUCAACAGCAUGAGCUUUUUGGGACGCGUGCUUCCCGGUCUAGCAGCCGAUCAACUCGGCCGGUUCAACAUUCUUCUGGCGCUGGUCGUCAUGACGCUUUUGGUGAUGAGUACCGUGUGGCUCCCGUUUGGCUCUCGCGGUCAAGCUACAUUGUAUGCCGUCGUCGCCAUUUUUGGCUUUGGGUCUGGGGGAUGGCUGUCCUUGGCGCCUGUAUGUGCGGGUCAGCUGUGUCGGACAGAGGAAUAUGGGCGAUUCUACGGGACCAUCUACAGCGUCGCUGCGUUUGGAGUGUUGUUGACUGUUCCUAUUGGUGGAGAGCUGCUGCAGUCGACUACGCCGCAGGUGCUGAUCGGUUUCUACUCGGCUGUUCUCAUGGUGGGACUGAUGAGUGUAGUCAUGGCUCGAUGGGCCUUGUUGGAUUGGAGGUGGAAGUGGAGGGUCAAGCUGUAG